AGAGACACUCAAAGAAAUUUUUCUAGGAAUUCGGCAGGGAUUUCCUUGUCUCGUCAAUGCUACUACUGUCGUAGCUUGCAGCUGAUUUCAUGUACUUAAAUAGGUUAUUUGACGUGUGUCAAAUUUCUCUUGUCAAAAAAAAUUUGUCUCGAGUAAACGGACGCCGUUUUCGAAGAAGGAUCUGUUCGCGUGUGCGAAUUAAAAAAAAUAUCGAACGUUGAAUUUGUCAAAAAUGUGGUGGUAGUGAUGCGCCUAAAAGGGAAAAAUAACACAAAAUCCUUUAACAGCGUCUACAGAGUAUUUUCUCGUUUAUGUCGAUCUGUGGAUAAAGGGCAACUUGAUGGUUUCAUGGCGGAUGGCAUGGCGCCGACCUUGAAAAAUGGUCAUAACUCCAAUAUAGGUUUUACUAACCAACAGUCAGUGAAACAAUCAUCCGAAGUAUCCAGUGUCGUUUAUACAGUGAGCCACUAUCCUUCAAAGCUCUUGCGCAACCUCAAUGCACAGAGGCUGAAGAAUAAAUUCAGUGAUGUGGGAUUGGUGGCUGGUGAUAGAAUCAUCAGGGCACACAGAUCAGUCCUAGCUGCCGGUAGCGCCUACUUCAAUGCCAUGUUUACUGUCGGCCUGGUCGAAGAGCAGCAGGAACUCGUGGAAAUUCAUUCAAUCUCCCCUCACAUUCUUUCCCAGCUGGUGGACUUUAUCUAUAGUGGCAAUGUGGAUAUCACUCAGGAUAAUGUACAGGAGCUAUUCGCUGCCGCCGAUAUGCUAGAAUUAGAUGAUGUAGUAGCUGGUUGUAUCAACUAUCUCAAACAGCAGCUACAUUAUUCUAAUGCUCUUGGAAUUUACAGAUUUGCUGAAGCACAUAACAGACUGGAUCUUUUGGAGACUGCCCUACGCUUUAUAGAAGUCAAUUUUCCUCAAGUCUGUCAAGAAGAAGAAUUUUUGGAUCUGCCCAAGGAGCAUCUCGUUCAGUUUCUUAGUAGCGAUUACAUUCACAUUGAUACUGAAUGUCAGGUCUUCCAAGCUGCGUACAAUUGGAUCGUUCACGACAUCCCCGCGCGGAGAUGCUAUGUAUUCGAGAUCCUCGGCCACAUACGCUUGCGAUUGUGUUCAUUAGCAAGACUAGAGCGUAUUAUCUUAGAGUGCAAAGACGCAAGUCUUAUUGUCGCAUUGCGAUCCAUUCAGAAAGAUUUAGUCUCGAAUAAAGGUUGCCUGGUGCCUCUUCAUGCCCGGCCUCGAGUCUGCGCUAGGAAGAACAUCUUAGUGAUUGGUGGAUCCAAGCGAGAACACUCCGCGGACAGCUGGGGUAGAACUGCCGAGAGUACUUACGAAACUAUCGAAAAAUACGACAUAUUCACUGGAGAAUGGAGCGAAGUAGCUCCGAUUAGCAUAGGACGCAUUCUCCCUGGAGUAGCUCUUCUGGACGGCAAAGUAUAUGUUGUCGGCGGUGAAUUAGAAUCUUGCAUAAUAGCGAAUUGCGAGUGCUACGAUCCUCGCGACAACGUGUGGACCCCAAUCGCUUGUAUGGAGGAGCCUAGAUGCGACUUCGGUCUUUGUGCCUUGGAUAAUUGCUUGUAUGCGUUUGGCGGAUGGGUAGGCGAAGACAUUGGCGGUGCCAUUGAGAUAUACGAUCCGAUCACCAACACGUGGACUCUUGACGGUUAUCUUCCAGAGCCACGAUUUAGUAUGGGCGUCGUCGCGUACGAAGGAUUAAUCUAUAUCGUUGGUGGCUGUACUCACAAUAGCCGACAUCGUCAGGAUGUGAUGAGUUACAAUCCCGUGACCAGAGAAUGGAAUUACUUGGCGCCAAUGCUUACUCCACGUUCACAAAUGGGAAUCACGAUCCUCGAUGGAUACAUGUACGUUGUCGGGGGAACAAGUAAAAAUCAAGAAGUCUUAACGUCGGUCGAAAGAUACUCGUUUGAAAAGAAUAAAUGGAGCGCCGUCGCUCCCAUGAGUAUGGGCAGAUCUUAUCCGGCUGUCGCGGCAGCCGACAGCCGGCUCUAUGUCAUAGGUGGCGAUCAGUCGCAAGAGAUCAACUUCUACCGCACGCAGAUCACGAUUUCGACCGUCGAAUGCUAUGAUCCUCACACGAACAAAUGGCACGAAUGCGCCUCUUUACCGUCAAGCAGAGGCGAAGCGACAGCAAUUGUCGCGCCUUUCUGAUUGAUGUUUCGCGUGAGUUUUUGUUCGACAUGCUGAGUUUGUAUCUUCUUACUUUUUCAACAUUUCUUUUUCUCUCGAUAUAUAUAUAACUCUCUGCGUUAUUCAUCUUUACAUUGAGAGUAUUGUAACCGUUAGAUAGGUAAAUGGGUCGCGUGUUCGCUAACAGGAAUUGUAGUUUUGUUAAUUUCUAAAUACAGUAGAAUUUUCUUAAAUUUGACUUCGUUAAUUUUGGCACCUCAUAACACAUACUUUUACUCUAAUUUACUCUAAUUUAUUGGCUUUGUAUACGCGAACUGCGUAAGUGUAUAGUAAUUACAUUGUGGAGAAGAUAUUAUUUAUACACGAUAUUCAGAUUUUUAAUUUUUGUACUUCAAAAAUUUUCUCCUAGAGGCCCAAAAUUAACGAGACUAUAUUGUAGUCUAUAUUGUAGUCUAUCGCGACACAUAUACUUUUUUUUAAUACUUAUGAGAUAUUACGUAUAUAUUUUUUUUAGAUUAUAUUCUAAAGUUUAUCUUAGACGAUCUAUAAUUCGCGACAAGAUAGAAGACAGAAAUCUAUUUGCGAUUUUUGUGCUACACACACACACACACACAUAAUAUUUUAUUUGUUUUAAUAUUUUCUACAUUGUAUAGAAUUAUAUAAAUAGAAAUCUGUCCAGAAUUUCGUCACGAAUUAUAAAUCGUCUAAGUAGU